CCACCACAUACAGGCAGCAAACACUGAGCCUCACCAAUACCCCUGGUAACAGCCCACACCAGUGUAAGGUGUGUCAACGUGGAAAUCUAGAAAUCCCCAGUUUAUUUAGUUGGGAGGUAGAAACCCCAGGUUUUGACUUUGUCACAGGAGAGUUUUCCCCGAAAGAAGGUCCCACUUCCCCAGACAAUAGACAUCCACUUCAGCUUUGGCACUGUAGGUAGUCAGCCUCGCAAGCUGAAGGUCCCGAGUUUGGAGGGUGUGGUUUACUGGGAAAAGAUUCUGGAGACAAAAGAGCUACUUGACUUCGGGUGGGGUUUACCUCCCCACCUGAAGUGGAUUCGUAGAUUGCACACAGCUCGGGAGAUUCUGCGGUUUUGCCGGAUUCUUCCCGAAAUUUUUUUUUUCUCUUUGGAGCUUCAGGCCCUGCGUUGGACUACUCUGCGAAGAGGGAAGGGGUGGGAGAGAACUUGGGGUCCUCGGACAGGCUGGCGAGGCUACACUGCGCGUGCGUCGUUCAUUCUCCGGCUCCGGUAGCUGAUCGGAAGCUACUCCCGGCGGCAGCGGUAGCAGCAAUCCAAGCAUGGGCAAGUGCCGCGGGCUCCGCACAGCCCGGAAGCUGCGUAGCCACCGACGGGACCAGAAAUGGCACGACAAGCAGUACAAGAAGGCGCACCUGGGCACGGCGCUUAAGGCCAACCCGUUCGGGGGCGCCUCCCACGCCAAAGGCAUCGUCCUGGAGAAAGUGGGUGUGGAGGCCAAGCAGCCCAAUUCUGCCAUCAGGAAGUGUGUGAGAGUCCAGCUGAUCAAGAAUGGCAAGAAAAUCACAGCUUUUGUUCCUAAUGAUGGCUGCUUGAACUUUAUUGAGGAAAAUGAUGAAGUGUUAGUGGCUGGCUUUGGUCGAAAGGGUCACGCUGUUGGUGAUAUUCCUGGAGUCCGAUUCAAGGUUGUAAAAGUAGCCAAUGUUUCACUUCUGGCUUUGUACAAAGGCAAGAAGGAGAGACCAAGAUCAUAACAUAAUCCUUACAAUAAAAUUUUUCAUCUAAAAA